AUGCCAGUGGCCUUGGAGCUGCGGUGCCAGAGGACUGUUAUCAACACAAUGCUGGUGACAUGUGCUGUUUGCUGCUACCUGUUUUGGCUGAUUGCAAUUCUGGCUCAACUCAACCCUCUCUUUGGGCCGCAGUUAAGCAAUGAAACAAUCUGGUAUCUUAAAUAUCACUGGCCUUAA